AUGGGUCAAUGGUGGAUGUUAGCAAACCUGGACAAGCGGGAGAAUUUUGGCACGUGGGGAAAACUUGGCGAAUUCUUCUACGACGACUUUGAGACAUUGAUCGAAUUCAUCCUAACGCCAUUCCCUCACCCUGCGCCCGACUCCGCACUAGCGAAGCAUAAGCCAUAUGUCCGUACAAUGGAAACCGGAAAGGCACUCGGUCGUCUGGACCUGCCAGGAGAGAUAUUACAUUUCAUUUUCGACAAUAUCACAAGCUUCCAAGAUGCGCUGUUUCUGACUCUUGCAACCCCCCUGCUUGAACCAUUUGGCCACCAGCGGAUGUACGAACUCAUCUGCCUAUGUCAGCAACGGUGGAAGGGCGAUCGUAUAAUCUGCCUUGGCGACUACGCAAGGACUGACGAUCUUCCAGAAGGGCUCUUGUCUGAAACCGAGCUGCAGGAACUUCAGGACCAGGACAAGCAGCUUUUUUACGGGUUCAUCUCCGAGACUUAUCAGCGAGUCGAGCACGAGCCAAAGGCAUACUGGUCACCACCUUACGAUGUAUGGAGCUGCCUCCCAAAGCGAGAACUUAAGUUUUACAUGAGCAUCUCCAACGAGGAGCCGAAUUGUCACUACCUUGGCAAAGCGAAGGUGCAUUACUGGGUGUUGUGCAAUUUGACGAAGCAGGAGUACGUCCGGGAAGACUCGAUAGCGGCUCACCUAAACGACACACCGGACGGACCGUUACCACCCGGGUCCAUAGGCCUCGGGAACGUUCUGUUAUCCUUGAUAUGCUGGUCGUCUGAUCCCUCGAUAGCGAUGCACUUCAACGGCGACCUGCAUCGCGGUGCGUGGGCAGGUGACCGUUUCGAAGUCACGACGCUAGACCGCUUGUCUCCACCGCUCGCUUCGGGUGGUUGGCGCGAUAUCAGCGAACCGGUGGUUGCUCGAUUAGUGGCGAACUGGGAGUGGGAGUGA